UCUCUCUCGUUUAUUUAACAGAACAGCUUAACGUUGCUUUCGUCCUACUCAAAAUUGGCUAAUUGGAGUAAAAAGCUUUUCUUCUUUUUUCUCUCAGACAAGACAGAGAAAGAAAGAGUCUCUCUUACAGAACAACAAUUCCUUCUUCUUGAAGUCUUCUGGAAGCUCUGUAAGAAAGAAAGAAAGAAAGAGCUAUUUUAGUUCAGACUCUUUGACCGCCAUUGAUUCACCUUCUUCGCGUUAAUUUCAUCUACUCAAGCCUCUCUCUCCUUGGAGGUUCGUUUCCUGAGAUUGUGAGGUUCCACGGCGAACGGAAAGUUUCUGAAUUUGGUUUCCGACAUCGUCGUAAGACGUCAGACGGUGGUGUUUAUGGAUCUGUCUGGACGAUUUGGAGCUAGAUCCGGCAACGGUGUGCCGUUCCGGGAAGUUACAGGGCUUGAAUCGCUUCAUCUCGGCGGCGGCGACGAGUUUCGGCAAAUGGUACUUCCGGAGAACGGCGGUGGGUUCACGGCGUUGCUUGAGCUUCCGCCUACACGAGCCGUGGAGCUUCUCCAUUCGUCUUCUUCUUCUUCUUCUCAAGCGACGCUUCACUCUGUCGGGACAUUGACUUUUCCUUCUAACCCAAUCCUCAUGGAGCGAGCAGCUCGUUUCUCGGUGAUUGCCACCGAGCAGAAUCCAAACGGAAAUAUCUCCGGCGAGACCACGACGAGCUCUGUACCUUCCAACGAACACAUUAAGACCGAGCCUGCCGAGACCGAGACUUCUGAUCAAGCGGCGGUGGAGAAGCAGAACAAUCGAUGUGGCAAGAGGAAAGAUUUCGACAAGAAGGUUAAAAGCUCAACGAAGAAGAAGAGCAAAAGCUCGGAAGAGAACGAGAAGCUGCCAUAUGUUCAUGUUAGAGCUCGUCGUGGUCAAGCAACAGAUAGCCAUAGCUUAGCAGAACGAGCAAGAAGGGAGAAGAUUAAUGCAAGAAUGAAGCUGCUACAAGAACUGGUCCCAGGCUGUGAUAAGGAGACAGAUUUUGGUGGAAAGAUGAAGAUCAAAGUGUGUUAUGGGGUCCAUCUAAUUGCAAGCUUUCUCUGGAAGAUUCAAGGUACCGCGUUGGUGCUGGAUGAAAUCAUUAACCAUGUCCAGUCUCUACAACGUCAAGUAGAGAUGCUAUCAAUGAGACUUGCUUCGGUAAACCCUAGGAUCGACUUCAAUCUCGACACGAUAUUGGCUUCAGAAAACGGUUCUUUAAUGGAUGGGAGCUUCAACGGUACAACAAUGCAGCUAGCGUGGCCUCAUCAAGUGAUGGAGACAGAACAGUCCUAUCAUCACCGGCAACUGCAACAACCACCACCACAGCAGUGGCCUUUCGAUGGCUUGAACCAGCCGGUUUGGGGAAGAGAAGAGAAUCAAGAUCAUGGCAAUGACCACAACAGUUUGAUGGUUGGUUCUGCUAGUUUGCACCCAAACCAGGUCAAAAUGGAGUUGUAAGUUUGGGGGAAAACAGUAGAUUAUGAAUGUGUAAAUAUGUCGUAUAAGCUUUGUCUCUACAUAUAUAUUAUAAAUAUAUAAGAAUUUGAUCU